AUCAGCAAAUAUCACUGCAUCAUUGUUAUCUGCAUUAAACUCCCAUUUGCUCAUAUAUAUCACUGAAAAGAUAAAGCGUCCGCCCCAAAAAAAUUAUAUGCCACACAAUGGUAGACACGCAGUUGCAGAGUCGGAUCCCGGCAGUCUCACUCGCGUCGCGGGAAUCAGCUGAUCUCCGGGCUUUUAAAACGCAAGGAUCCAGCGGCUCCACCAUGGCUUCCCAGCUGGACUGCGAGCACGAGGAAGGACGAACUCCGAGGAGGGACGCGAAGCCGGAAGCGGAAGGAAAAGGGGACUGUUGGGCCGCCCGCUACACCCUGGCUCUGUCAGCGUCGCGACCAACUCCUCCCUUGACAUCUGCCCGCGUUACGAAGGCGACGCGCAAAUCGAACGGAAGCUGAUCGAGGGCGAGUUCGACUGGGACGAGCAAACGCAAGGCAUCAUGCUCGGGUCUUUCUUCUAUGGCUACACGGCCACUAACUUCCUGGGCGGGCGGGCGGCGGAGUACCUCGGUGGGCGUCUGGUCUUCGGCCUGGGCACCGUCAUCUCCGCUCUCAUCUCCCUGCUGUCGCCGCUGUGUGCCCGGUUGUGCAAGGAGCUUUUCAUCGCGUCCAGGGUCCUCAUGGGCAUCUCGCAGGGAGUGACAAUUCCAGCCUUCUUUUCCCUUAUGGCAACAUGGUUCCCGCCUGAAGAGAGAGCCAAGUUUGGGCCACUGAUAAAGGGAGGCAUGCAGGUCGGGACCGUGGUGGCCAUGACGGCGGGCGGCUACCUCAGCGCCUCCUCCUUCCUCGGCGGCUGGCCCUCAGUCUUCUACGUGUUCGGGACGGUGGGCCUGGCGUGGGGCAUCCCCUGGUUCCUGCUGGUGCACGACCGCCCCGAGCACCACCCGUCCAUCUCCCGGGCCGAGCUCGAGUACCUGCAGGCCAACAAGGAGACCGUCAAAGGGGCUGAGGUGGUGUCCAUUCCCUGGAAGGCGAUUUUCACGUCGCCGCCGGUGUGGGCGUGCAUCUUCAUCGCCUGGGGAGGGAGUUUCGGCUUCCAGACCCUGCUCUCUGAGAUUCCGACUUAUCUGGCCAACAUUCAGCAUUUCGAUGUGAAGCAGAGCGGGAUCAUGUCCGCGGUGCCGUACCUGUGCCUGUGGCUCUUCGGCGUGGGCUGGGGCUUCUGCGUGGACCGCCUCUUCAGCGCCGGCCUGCUCUCCAUCGUCGCCGUCAGGAGGAUCUCCACGGCCCUCGCUCAUUACGGACCCGCCGUCGCCCUCGUCGUCAUGUGCUUCGUGGACUGCAACUCUACCCUGGCGAUGAUCGUGCUGUGCAUUGCCGUCGGCGUCUGCGGCAGCGCCUAUAGCGGCAACGCCCUCACGGAGCAGGACAUCGCGCCCAAUCUGGCAGGGACACUGGUGGGGAUCACCAACACCAUCAGCGCCGUCAUGGGCUUCGUCGCGCCUUCCGUCACGGGCGCCAUCACGCAGGGCAGACAAGGGUCCCUUGGUGCCUGGAGGACGGUGUUCGCCGUCUGCGCCGCCAACUACGCCGUCACCACCACCCUCUACUUGCUCACCGUGUCCGCCGAGGUGCAGUCCUGGAACAAGCCGGACGGGGCCCAAGAAGCAGAGAACGAGAAUAAAAGAAAGAAAGAGGAAGGAAACUCAUCGAGAAACACAAUGUUGUGUCUUUUGAGUCGUAGAAAGCGGCGAGGACCUGGGGGCUGGUCCUUUAUCAGAGCGAGACGUGAUUGUUGUCUAUUAUUCAUUUUUAUUCAUGUUAUUGUCGUUAUCUUUUGUUUUUAUUUCAUUUUUUUCUCUCUAUACUUUUGUUAAUAAUGCAAUGAAUUAAU